UGCACAGGUCUAGUGGAAAAUGGCGGAGGCGGCGAGCUCCAGCUCCGGCACCUAGCUCACGCGCAGCUCAUCGACCCCUGCCGCCGCGGUCCCCGGAGACCCCGCGCCGCGGCCGGCGACCGCCACCAGCUCUGCCGAGCGGCGGCUCCACGAGCUCUCCACCCAUCCCGUUCUCCCGCUAGGGUUUUCCCCGAUCCCCAAUCUCUGCAGAGUUUACAAUGGCUUCAUCACAACAUGUUGAAGUGGAGGCUGCGAAGCUACUUCAGAAGCUCAUUCAGGAGUCCAAGGAUGAGCCCGCCAAAUUAGCAACUAAACUUUAUGUGAUAUGUCAACAUAUGAAGUUAAGUGGAAAAGAGCAGUCUUUGCCAUAUCAGGUCAUAUCUAGGGCCAUGGAGACUGUUGUAAACCAACAUGGAAUUGAUAUGGACGCACUGCGAUCAUCACGAGUUCCAUUUGCUGGCGGUCCGCAAGCAGUAGAUUCUAGCGGUGUUCUGUCAAAGGACAAGGAGAUCAUUGGUAGUCAGUCUCCCAUGGUUGGAAGUGAUGCAUCCCAGGGUAGCGGGCAAGCUGCACCAUGGCAGUUUCCAUCAGGUUCAACAGAUAUGACAAGUCAUGGGGUAUAUAUUCCAGGGAGGGUUCCGACAGGACAAAAUAGAGGCGAUGUGCGCCUUGGCGCACGACCCCGUAGAAUUCGUAUUGGUCUACAUUUUAUACAACGGUGA